CUCCGCGGUACGUGUUUGAUUCAUAUCAGAUAUUUUAAUAUUAAGAAGAAAAAAUUGGUAAAAAUGUCAGCGUUACCUCACAGUAAGAAGCGUGUCUGCUACUAUUAUGAUAGUGAUAUUGGAAAUUAUUAUUAUGGACAAGGACAUCCUAUGAAGCCACAUCGUAUAAGGAUGACACAUAAUUUACUUUUAAAUUAUGGUCUUUAUAGAAAAAUGGAAAUAUAUCGUCCACAUAAAGCUACUGCUGAUGAAAUGACAAAAUUUCAUAGCGAUGAUUAUAUUAGAUUUUUGAGAUCCAUAAGACCUGAUAAUAUGUCAGAGUAUAACAAACAAAUGCAACGAUUUAAUGUAGGAGAAGAUUGUCCUGUUUUUGAUGGUUUGUAUGAAUUCUGUCAAUUAUCAGCUGGAGGCUCUGUAGCCGCUGCAGUAAAACUUAACAAACAAGCUUCAGAGAUUUGCAUAAAUUGGGGUGGUGGUUUACAUCAUGCCAAAAAAAGUGAAGCAUCUGGUUUUUGUUAUGUAAAUGACAUUGUAUUAGGAAUAUUAGAAUUACUCAAGUAUCAUCAAAGAGUUUUAUAUAUUGAUAUUGAUGUUCAUCAUGGAGAUGGUGUAGAAGAAGCUUUUUAUACUACUGAUAGAGUGAUGACAGUUUCUUUUCAUAAAUAUGGUGAAUAUUUUCCUGGUACUGGUGACCUUCGUGAUAUUGGUGCAGGAAAGGGAAAAUAUUAUGCAGUCAAUAUACCACUAAGAGAUGGUAUGGAUGAUGAAAGUUAUGAGUCAAUAUUUGUACCUAUCAUUUCAAAAGUAAUGGAAACUUUUCAGCCCUCUGCUGUAGUCCUACAAUGUGGUGCUGAUUCUUUAACAGGGGAUCGGUUAGGUUGCUUCAAUUUAACAGUAAGAGGUCAUGGAAAAUGUGUUGAAUUUGUAAAAAAAUAUAAUUUACCUUUUUUAAUGGUUGGUGGUGGUGGAUAUACAAUUAGGAAUGUAUCCAGAUGUUGGACAUAUGAAACUUCGGUUGCUCUUGGUUCAGAAAUUGCAAAUGAAUUACCUUACAAUGAUUAUUUUGAAUAUUUUGGACCUGAUUUUAAAUUGCAUAUUAGCCCUUCAAAUAUGGCAAAUCAAAAUACUCCUGAAUAUCUUGAAAAAAUUAAAACCAGAUUAUUUGAAAAUCUAAGAAUGUUGCCUCAUGCACCAGGAGUGCAGGUUCAAUCAAUUCCAGAAGAUGGUGCAGUUAUUGAAGAUUCAGAAGCCGAAGAAAAAGUAAAUCCAGACGAAAGAUUACCUCAACGGGAUUUAGAUAAAAGGAUACAACACGAAAAUGAAUAUAGUGAUAGUGAAGAAGAAGGAGAAGGAGGACGAAGAGAUAACAGAUCAUUUAAAGGUUCUAGAAAAAGACCUCGUUUAGAAAAAGGACAAGAAGGUAUUGAAAGUGACUUAAAAAAAGAAGAAGAUAUAAAAUCCGAACCAAAAGAAAAUGAAAAAGAUGAAAAGACAAAUAUUACAAAUGAAGAAACAAAAAAAGAUGGUGGAGCGAAUCCCUGAUAAAUGGUAUUUAUUUUUGAAUAAUAUUAAAAAAAGUUCUUAUUUAAAUAAAACAUAGAUGAGUGUAGCUAAUUUAAGUCAACAAAUAUAUAGUGUAUAAUUGAUGUCCACUGCCUCGAGUUUGAUAUAUCAUAAUUGAAUAAUAUGAUUUCUUCUAUUAUUUGAUUCAGAAUUUAAAAGUAUUUCAAUAGAAAUAUUGAUGUAUACAUAUAUACAUAUAUAUAUAUAUACAUAUAUAUGUAUGUAUAUAUGUAUGUAUGUAUAAUAUAUUUAAAUUCGAGGCAAGAGACAUUGUUAUCACCUAUGUAUACAUUCGAACAUAUAAUUGACAUCAUUGAACAUAUAAUUGGACGCUCAGCAAAUUAAGUUGUUAUCUCGUUAAAUUUACAAACACUAAUCAAAAUUUUUAAAUUGACAAUUUAUCAACCAAUCAAUUCCAAAAAUAUUUUUAAAAUUAUGCGAUGAAUGGUAUCUUGAGUAAUCGGUCGAAUCUUAUGGUCUGAUCAAAGCCUUCAUAUUAAUUUAAAUCAAUAAAUUAAGAAUCAAUAAAGAUAACUAGUCAAAUAAGACAAACAGAUAUUUUAAAUGUACAGGUAUCUCAAAUGUACAAAGAAAAUUAAAUUUUUUAUAGAAAUUUAAAUUUCCAUCAAGAUCAGAAGAUAUAGGCAGCUUAUCAAGAUAUCUAAUAUUUGUAAUUAAUAUAUUUCGAUGAAUCAUGCAAAAAUAUAUAGAUAACCAUAAUACGUUUUGCAUGAGUGCGGUUCUUUACCUUUUUACCUAUUAUUCACUGCGUGAUCUUGAUUGAGUCAUAUAAUCGUAAUCUAUAGUUAAAAAGAAAUGAGAUUGUACAACGGGCAAGUAUUAUAUGUUAAAAAAAUUUUUUUACUUCCUAUUCUUGUACAUAACUUAAAAUCAGAUUUAAACAAUAUUCUACAUGCAAUACUAUAUAAUAAUAAUGAUAUAAUAAUGAUAUAAUAAUAUUCCUUUUGAUAUGUAAAAUAUUUUAUUUUAUAUGUGAAAAAUUGAAUGGUCAGCGGAAAAGAAAGUAUAAAAAAAAUGGAACAGUCAAUGAACAUAUUGAACGCAAGCAUAACUGUAGAAUCAUAACCGUAAAUUAAGUAAAAAUAAUGUUAAAAAUUAAACAUAUAUGACUUAGUCGAUUUUUAUCUGUAUGUCGAGGUUGCAAAAGCACUCUCGUUCAAAGGAAAAAUAAAUGAUAAAAAAAAUAAAAGAAACAUUUAUAAAUAUAUAUAUAUUAAAAUUGUGACUCUUUUACUAUGUUAAUUUAAUAUUUGCACGAGAGUGAAUAUACAUUAAUUUUGUGUACAUAAAAUUAAACUUUUCGCGCCUCGAAAGUAUUUGAAAAAACAGAUUUAAAUUCGACUAAUUGCACUAUGUCAAAUAAAUAAUCGAGAAAAAAUUAUGUCGAUUUAUCUAGUUGUAAUUAAACGCAUACCUUUAUUGUAAUUAAACACAUACCUGUAAUUAAUUACCUAAAACACAAAGAUAAAUUCGAUAUAACACUUGCGUACACUAAGUCGAUUUGAGAUAGAUCAGGCGUGAUAUAAGUAUAUAUAUAUUAUAUGUAUAUUUUAUUGUAUAAUAUAUAUAUAUACUGUAUCCAGAUACGAAUAAUACGAAUGUUUUUAAAUAUUUAUAAUAAAAAAAUA